UAAAUCGCUGGUCCGGGUUAGAAUGGGAGAGAGCUGCUGUGGAAUCUAAACUUGGUGUCCAGUAACUGUACAUUUAUACAUUACAUGUCCAAGGAAAAGGUCUGUUUUUUUUUAAUUAUCCAUGCAAAACGACCGCGCUCGCCUGGGGUGUUGUUGAAAGGUGCAUCCCUUCUGGAGGAACAUUUUAAUCUUGUUUACGAAUUUUUCUUCAAGUUAUCCUCAAGUUUUCAGGUUUUUCUCAAGGCAUCACUUUUAGCAGAGAGUAUGAUUGACAUUUUAUUACUGGUUUUGUGUGGAAUGUCGUGCUGCGCUCUUGCAAAAGAAUCUAAUGGUAAAUACAGCACACCACUGCUUGAUGUGAAAGUGCAUCAGCUUGUCUUGGAGGCCAACCAGACUCUUCAGCUCAAGUGCAGGGGCAGAGGGGCAUUGCAUUGGGUUCUCCCCUUUGACGUGUCGAGGAGCAACCAGAGCCUGCGCGUGGAGCACUCGAGGUGCAGGAAGCAGCACUGCAGCACACUCACCCUGAGUCCCGCUCUGGCUCGCCACACAGGCUCCUACCGCUGCGCCUACCGCCACCGGCAGGAGAGACACACCGCCGUCUACAUCUAUGUCACAGAUAGCCAGCGGCCAUUUGUGAAGGACCAGACUGAGAUCCCAGAGCUGCUCUAUCUGAUGGAAGGCAAGCCUCUACUGUUUCCCUGCAGGGUCACCACACCGGACACCUCUGUGUCACUAGUCAAGUUCCAGGCCCCGGUCCAAACACUGGUUCCAGAUCAGAAGGACAUCAUCUGGAACAGCAAGGAGGGCUUCACCAUCCGCAGUCCCUCCAUUGUGCACACUGGGAUGUUCUACUGCGAGGCCACACUCAACGGGGUGAAACACAAACAGCACUUCCUUGUCUAUAGACCAGUAUAUGAAAUCUACGAUGUUUACCUGAAUAGCACUGGACCCGUGCAGGCCCUACAGGGAGACAGACUGGUGCUAAACUGCACUGCCACAGCUCCGCAUAACUCCAGGGUGAACAUAAGAUGGAGCUACCCUGGUGAGGGCCUUCGCAAGAUCAGUGCAACGAAGCGCAUAGAACGCAGGGCAACACACGUGGUGUUUUACAGCAUCCUGACCAUCUCUCAGCUCCGCAAGUAUGACCGAGGAGUUUACGUUUGCCACGUGCGGAACGACCGCGCCCGCCGCACCGCUAAUACCACAGUGACAGUAUACGACCAGCCCUUCAUCAGACUUAAGCACAGAAACGGGUCACAGGUGCAGGCACUCGCAGGGCAGAGGUCCUUCCGUUUGUCCCCCAAAAUCCGGGCUUUUCCAGCUCCAGAAAUCAUCUGGCUGAAGGAUGGUAUGGUGGCAGCAGAGAAGUGCUCUCGGUAUCACAUGGACGGGAGCUCACUGGUGAUUCGGGACGUAGCGGAGAAUGAUGCCGGAGUCUACACGGUUCUUGCCGGGAUUCAGAAGUUUGGACUUUACCAGAACCUUACAAUUUCACUGGUAGUGAAUGCGAAGCCUCAGAUUGGGGAGAAGGCUGUGUCAGUGAGGGACCCUGGGACAGUCCAGCGGGGAAGUCGACACGCACUCCGCUGCACCUCCAGUGGUGUACCCCCUCCCCAAAUCCAAUGGCUCUGGCACCCCUGCCCUCCGAAAGGCCGGUGCGUCCCACCGCCUACGCUGCCUCCUCGGACGCCUCGUCGUGUCACGUCACAGCCGGCGGUGUGGAAGUGGAGGCCUGUGACGGAGCUGACGGAAGGAACGGCCACAGACAAUCACGUCCUCAGCAUCACCCAGAGGCAGGACACUCUGCAGGGCAGGAACAGGACAGUGGGCGUCCUGACAGUGUCCGAGGCGUUAGUGUCUGGUGCGUAUCGCUGUGUGGCGUCCAGUGCGGUGGGUGAAGAUGAGAUGGACAUCCUCUUCUAUGUCACAGAUGUCCCUGAGGGCUUCGUGGUGCAAGUGGGGGAGGAGUCGACAGAGGGCGGGGACCUCAACCUGUCUUGCUCCGUCAGCAGGCACCUGUACUCUGCGUUGUCAUGGCACAAGGUGACAGACAGGUCCCAAGCCACGCCCCAACCCACCGGCCCUGCCCUGGGGGGAGAGGAGAAGUGGGGCGAGUUUUCACGGAUACUAAAUCUGUUGCUAAGCAACCUGACGAUGGCACACUCUGGCAUGUACCAAUGUUCCGCACGACACCUGCUGACGGGAGAGCGUGUGCACCUGGAAACACGAGUGGAGGUCACCGCCCUGGAGGCGCCGUCACUGCUGCAUAAUCUGAGUGACUGCAGGGUGAACGUCAGCACCUCAGUGACCCUUCAGUGUCCAGUCACAGGGGUCCCUCUACCCCUCAUCACAUGGUACAAGGACCACAGGAGGCUUCAACAGGUGUCUGGUAUCAUGAUGGCACCAGAGGGCGGGGCUCUCCACAUUGACCGAAUCACAGUCGAGGAUCAGGGCUUGUACACCUGCCAAGCCACAAAUGGAAGGGGAUCUGUAGAAAGCUCCGCCUACGUUUGGGUUGAAGGUUCAAGCGAGGAGGCGUCUCUGGAGGUUCUCACACUGAUGUGUACAUGCGUGGUGGCCGCUGUCUUCUGGGUCCUGCUCACGCUCCUCAUUCGCAAACUCAAACAGCCACGCCCCUCGGCUGGUAAACCGGGAUACCUGUCGAUUGUUCUGGACCCGGGGGAGGGGCCUCUGACCGAGCAGUGUGAUAGGCUGCAGUUUGACCCCGCCAAGUGGGAGUUUCCUCGGGACCGCCUCAAACUCGAGAAGCCUCUAGGUCAGGGGGCGUUUGGGAGGGUGCUGCAGGCGUCGGCGUUCGGCAUCGGCAGCUCUUACGGCUGCACCACGGUGGCCGUCAAGAUGCUGAAAGAGGGCGCCACACCCAGCGAGCACAAGGCUCUGAUGACUGAAUUGAAGAUCUUCAACCAUAUUGGACAUCAUCUAAAUGUUGUCAAUUUACUGGGAGCCUGUACCAAACCUGGAGGGCCCCUGAUGGUCAUUGUGGAGUACUGCAGGCACGGAAACCUGUCCGCAUACCUGAAGAGCAAGCGUGAGCUGUUCCUGAUGAACACGCUGAGACAAGAGGGGGAUUGUGGGAAAAGGCGUCUGGUGAGCGUGGCCAGUAGCCAAAGCAGUGCCAGCUCAGGGUUUGGCGAAGAGAGAGAGGAGGAGGAGGAGGACAGCCGAGUUUGGAAUUCGGAGUCGCCUCUUCUCUUUGAGGACCUGAUUUCAUACAGUUUCCAGGUGGCCAGAGGCAUGGAGUUUCUGGCCACUCGAAAGUGUAUCCACCGUGAUCUUGCUGCCAGAAACGUCUUGCUGUCAGAUAACAACGUUGUGAAGAUCUGCGACUUCGGUCUAGCACGAGACAUCUACAAGAACCCUGACUAUGUGCGCAAGGGAGACGCAAGGUUGCCCCUGAAGUGGAUGGCCCCGGAGUCCAUCUUUGACAAGGUGUUCACCACCCAGAGUGAUGUGUGGUCCUUUGGAAUCCUGCUGUGGGAGAUCUUCUCACUGGGAGCGUCUCCGUACCCGGGGCUGAGCAUGGAUGAGGAGUUCUGCCACCGCCUGAAACACGGCACACGCAUGCGCCCCCCAGAGUACAGCACCCCCGAGAUAUAUAAUACCAUGCUGGCCUGCUGGGAGAAGGAACCCAGUGACAGACCCACUUUCACAGUCCUGGUGAACACACUAGGGGAUCUGUUACAGGCACAGGUCCAGCAGGCUGGGAAGGAUUAUAUUCCUCUGGACCCGUUCCAUGGGGGUGAAAGCGGUGUGGUGAUGCAGCAGGAUUACAGAGACACCAGCCAAAGAUGCAUCAACACCAGAGGAGUAGAUACCAUCAGGACGUUUGAAGAAAACCCCCAGGGGAACAGCUUAGAGACAGACAGUGGUAUGGUCCUUCCUUCAGAGGAGCUGAAGUACCUCAAAUGGAGUGAAAAACUCCAACCUGGCGACCUGAGAAAGCUCUUCUCCCUCGGCAGGUGCAGAGGCAUUAUGGGAUACACGGAGGCCCUGCCCUGUGUGAGCAGCUCAUCUGGUGUGGACAGGAAGAGCGAGCGCCACAUCAUCCCCUGUGAUACUGAGUGAGGGGCUAGGUGCCCUACACACUGCCUGAUGACAAAUAAGUUCUCAUUCACCCAUCGUUAUAUGUCUCUUCCAUCUCAAACAUGAGUAUUACUACUGAGUGUCCAUCCACUUCCUCAUGACCUUCAUACUGGACACCACUUCAGUUGUUGUUUUUUUCAACGUUUAUUUCCACUGAGAUUAUUUUGUGCACAAAGCUUUUUGAAAUGCAUUCGGGAGUGCUGUCCAGUCUUUCAUUAGAUGAGAUUAGAUUCGCAGAGAAGAUUCGAUUCAUAGAGAACUAUUCAGCACUCACAAACAGGAAUCGGAGUUGAUGACGUACAUCUCAUACAGUUCUCAUCUGUCACAUUAUAUACGUCAUGGAACCCAUUAUUUUAACCACUUGAUAGGUCUCAAAAGGUCCAAAGAGGUUAGUGAAACCUCCCUCACUUCUCUCUAACCAUAGCGCACCAUCAUAUCCAUAGCUCUAUACGACUGUUUCAUAAAGGUAAUGAUACUCCACACUCUCCUCACCUCGCUCUUUUCCCACACAUACAUACAGAUCAUCAGAGCCUCUGAUAACUGUUUCUGCUCCUCCAGAAAUGAAAGCUCAUCUAGCUCACUCUUUUUUGACACGCUUCAUAUUAAGUGUCCAGACAUAGUGUGUCCUUAAUACAUGUUGUUAUAAGAUGUGCUUGGGGUUAUUAACAUGUAAUAUGUCUUUUCUUGAGCGGCGCAAUUGUUUGCUUAUUUCUCACACAAGGACGCUGUAUUAAGGACACUUAAUAUGAAGUAGGACCCUACUUUCAAUGAUUUAUAAACCUAUAAAAGGAAAAGGCAGAUUUCCUCUGCCCACAUCAAAGCCCUCGCUAGGCUAAAAACAGUGAACUUAUUUAUCAACUAUGCUGUAGCGCUUUUAGUCAUUACCGGUACCAAGUACUUCACUAAAGCACCACACAAUGACUACUGCUGAAAACACAUAUGCUGGAUGUGACUGAUUUGUAGCUGUUUCAGUAAGAGAUGAAGUGCUGUAUAAAGUGCUGGGUAACACCAGACUCUGGGUCCGAGUCUGGUCAGGCUCAGACCUGCUCCUGCAGUCAGCUACUGUACAAUGAAAGAAACACGCUGCACAUGUACUACUGAAUAUUACCCAUGAUAUGCUCAGAUAUGCUGAAUAUUACCCAUUAUAUGCUAAAAUAUGCUGCAUAUGUACUACUGAAUAUUACCCAUGAUAUGCUCAAAUAUGCUGAAUAUGUACUACUGAAUAUUACCCAUGAUAUGCUCAAAUAUGCUACAGAGUAUGCAGGGCUUCUUCAAAGUAGUUAUGUUACUGUGACCCGAUAUGGUAUACUAUUCUGCCCUGUAUCCACAUGUAUAGGUUCAUAUAAAACACAUGCGUGGCAGUGGCAGUUUUGGAUCACUUCUUCACAGGAGCCAGAAGGAUAUAUAUCUUUAUGUUACUGUGACCCAAUAUGGUAUAUUAUUCUGCCAUGUAUCCUCAUGUAUAGGUUCAUAUAAAGCACAUGCGUGGCAGUUUUUGAUCACUUCUGUGCCUUAAAUGCUGUAAAACUGUAUUAAGGACUUGGGUUCCUUUCUUCUGAAACUCUGCCUGAGUAUUGGCACCCAAAGCACUUUCCUGUAACAUAAACCAAGAACAGUCACUGCCACAGUCUUGUGCUUACCAUUGGAGGUUACACUACUUAUCCAGAUCAUCUAACCAAGAGCACUUUAAUGUUUAUAUUUGGAGUAUUACUUUGUGUUAUGAACCUGGAAUAGACUGAUACCAAAA